AUGCCUAGUUCUCUAUUAUUUGGGAUUAAUAAUGAGGGCCGAGUCCACACAUUAUCUACCACUGGUUCUAUGUGGAGAGAAUUGCCUUACGCAGGACAAGAAUUUAAAAAAUUAUCUGCUGUGCCCCAUUUUUUAUGGGCAUUAGGUGGAGAUCAUCAAAUUUACGUCUAUGUCCAUGGAUUAGAUAUACCUAUUCGGGUCAGAGAAGAAGCUUAUGAAAAUGAGCGGUGGCUACCAAUUGAAGGUUUCUCUUCACGAUUAUUACCCACUGAUCGAUUUCACUUCUCCAGUGCAGAUGGAACGGUUGAUCGUUCCAUUGAUAAAAUUAGACUACCCUCAAUGGCUUGGCAAUGGGAGGGUGACUGGCAAAUGGAGUUAACUAUGGAUGGUCAGCCCUUAGAUCACAAUGGCUGGACCUAUGCAGUAGACUUUCCAGCAACUUUUUACCCUAAGAAACAAUGGAAGAGUUGCGUACGCAGAAGGCUUUGGGUCAGAUCGAGAAGAUAUAGUGCAAUGAAUUCGUGGUGUGCUAUAGCACCACUACAUAAAGAUGCAACUAAUGAACCGUUUAUAGAUAUUGCAAUAGGAGGACAACAAAUUACUGGAGCUAAUCCGGGUACUAUGUUAGUGUGGGCUAUAACGUCUCAUAAUCGGGUUAUGUUUAGAACAGGAGUAAGCACAAAGUCUCCCGAAGGAGCCCGAUGGAACCAUGUUCAAGUCCCAAACGGAUGUGAGGUUUGUCAAAUUAGUGUAGGUCCUACUGGUUUGGUGUGGGCAGCGUUAAUUGAUGGACGAGCUCUUGUAAGAAUUGGUUUAACUCGUGAUAAUUUACAAGGCGAGUCUUGGGUAGAAGUACAAAGUCCUAGCGAUAAUUUAAGAAUUUGCCAGGUUUCAGUAGGAACAUGUGCAGUGUGGGCCGUAACCCAGGAUAAACAAGUCUGGUUUAGGAAAGGGGUCAAGGGUGAAGGAGCAGGUAUGAGUGAAGAACUGGCAACGGGUUGUGGAUGGGUGGAGAUGGUUGGCCGCAUGGCUGAGGUUUCUGUAGCUGCCAACGAUCAGGUUCUCGCAGUGGGCGUGGAUGACCGUUUGGUAUACAUUAGAUGUGGCGUAUGUAUGGAGGAUUUAACUGGCAAACGGUGGCGCGCCCUCCGAGCUCCGUUGCAAGUCAGUAGGGCCAGUAGUAACGCUAGUCUUAAUAGAGAUAAGUUUCAUCGCAGCUUUAACAGCCUGAGUCGUCCAAGCAGCAUGAUUGAACAGUCCGUUAUAACUGAGUGGGAGGACCAUUCGCAUUCAGCACCAACUGCCCCCACCUCCCUACCUGUAGAUUUAAGUACGAAAAUUGAAGUGCAACCAAAAAAUCCGAAGGCUUGGAGUCCUGUUCACUCCGUAGGUUCAAUAGUCGGAACUGAAUGUCACCCAGAAACAGACGAGAGUGUUUGGAGCGAAUCCAGCAGAGACUCUUGCAUUUUUGCAGAAGAUGAAGAAUUAGGGUGGGCCGAGUACGAAGCACCUUGGUCUUGGGUUGAAGCUGGUGCAUGUACCGUCGAUCCAAAUCAGUCACCGAAUUGGUUUGGAGAGACUGGCUGUGGAACUACAAAUGAGGAGUUGGAACAGCCAUGGCGAAUAAGAAUUUUAGAGGAACUGAAGGCACGGUUACCUGCUCAAGAUGCCUACACAAAUUACGAGCAAGCCGUUGACACCACGUCCUGGGUGCAUACCGGUGAGGCUAGAGUAAGUCUUGGAUCAUCAGCAUUUGUAGACUGCAUUCUGCAAUUGGAAUGGGUACAGACGACCGGAACCUUAACAAUCUUGAAUCCAGAUGGAGCAACGACUAUGCACCUGUUUAGUUUAAGUGAUGUUACUUGUGUGCGAUUAUGUAGUGAACCAGGAAAUCCAAGAUUAGCAAUCCAUACUCCUAGAAAUGUACCGUCAGUAAUACGCCUACAAUUUACCAGUGAUGCCUUAUUAGAGGAAUGGCAAGCACAUUUUGUCACAACUUGUGGAAAAAUUCGUGAUACAUUAGGUAAAUCAAGUGAUGAAAGUGUAUGGGCAGUAACAGGCCUAGGAGACAUAUUCGUGUGGGAUCCGACAAAGUUGGAAGCAAACCAGCUUAGGGAGGAUGAAUUUUAUGUCCAGAAAUAUGACCUUAGUGGCAAGGAGUCUCCUUUCCAACUCGCAUUACAUGUUGGUUGUAGUCCAGGUAGCAUUAUUACCUUAACAGGCUGUAUUGGUGAUGAAGCCGAAAGAAUAGGCAUUAAUUUAGAUGCCCCGAGUACUUAUAAACUUCGACAUAAAGCUCAUACUGAGCUCCAAAAUACCUGUUUACAUCUAAAUCCUAGAUUCACUGAAAAUUGUAUUGUUAGAAAUUCAAUGAUAGACGGUAAAUGGGGUGAUGAAGAGAGGGAAGGUGGCAAUCCUUUUGUGAGAGGGCAAGAAUUCAGUCUUAAAAUAGAGACAACUGAAGAUGCCUUUUUAAUUUACAUAAACGAGCAGAACUUUGCAUCUUUUAGGCACCGUUUACCCCCUUAUUCCAUUUCUAUGUUGAGCUUUUGGGGGAAAAUGCAACCUUUUAAGGUAGUCAUUAAAAGUCCUGUGAUUAUAAUCGAUAUGCUCGAUUUGUAUUGGAGGCAACUUGGUGGACAUUUACGUAGGGUGGAGAGUUGCAAUGUUGGGGUAACGUGGGGUAUUGGAUACGAUCAUACCGCUUGGGUAUAUACCGGAGGUUGGGGUGGGGGAUUUUUAGGAACUUUAGAUAGUCAGAAUGUUCACCCGAUGACUGACUCACAAGAUUAUAGGGUGUACGAAAACCAACGUUGGAAUCCGGUUACUGGAUACACUUCUGCAGGAUUACCCACAGAUCGAUACAUGUGGAGCGAUGCAUCCGGCAAGCAAAAGAGAACGAGAGAUCAAGUGAAACUGCUUUCCGUUCGGUGGCAGUGGGUUUCGGAUUGGAUGACUGAUUUUCAUGUACCAGGAGGUGUCGAUCGCAAGGGCUGGCAGUACGCUGUAGAUUUUCCAGCAACUUACCAUGCUAACAAGCAAUUUACUGAUUACGUUAGAAGAAGGAGGUGGUACAGGAGAUGUGCCGUUGCUACCACUGGACCCUGGCAGGAAUUGGGCCAUACCAAGUUACUAGAUGUCUCAUUAGAGCCUGUUAACGACUAUGUCGAUUCGGUUGUGUCUGUAUGGGCGCUUGCUUCUGGCGGACAAGCUAUGGUGCGCAUUGGUGUCUCAAAAUCAAACCCACUGGGGCACAUAUGGGAGCACGUAAAUACUGAUCAACCUCUAAGUAGUAUUAGUUGUGGUCCUUUCAAACAGGUCUGGGCUACAGGCAAAAAAGGCUGUGCUUAUUAUCGAUUAGGAAUAACUCAACAAAAAUUAGAGGGAGAGAAAUGGGUGACUGUUGAGCCUCCGAACGGAGAACAACUUAAACAAAUUUCAGUGAAUACUAGCGGAGUGUGGGCUGUUGAUUUCAAAGGGCAGCUGCAUGUGAGAAAGGAAAUUACAUCUGUCUUUCCAGAAGGAACGCACUGGCAGAUGAUUGCUGCCGACCCACCUAUUUUAAAUUCGGCUCCAGAUACUACGGGGUUUAGACAUGUCAGUGUCGGAAAAAGUCAGGUUUGGGCUACAACAAACGGUGGAGCAAUGGUGAGGAGAGAAGGCAUAUGUCCUGCUAAUCCUGCAGGGUCAGGUUGGGAUAUAGGAAUUGCGGGAAACUGGCAGCACGUUAGUGUCAGAGCUUUUAGCUAAGCUUCUUUUAAACUCAGGAUGUAAAGUAUUGUUUUUUGCUGGCUAGCCGAUUAUGUAUGUAAGAACUAUUUUAAUAUGUUUAGUUUCAGGAGAGACAUAACGAAUUAAGUUUUUGAAUACCAAAGAAUUGUAUCAGUUAUUAAUAAUACGUUAAUUAUAUACUGGCAUCCAGUAUUUAAAAAAUAUAUUUUAUACAUUUUAUCCCUUUAAUUACAAUUGAUGGUUUGUUAUUUUAAAAUAGUAUUUUCACUAUUUGUUGCAUGACUGUAUCUCAGCAUAUGUAAACCAGUAAGUUCACUUGGUUGUCUCUUGAUUAUUUUCAGCAGUUUUUGGGUAAGUGGGGAUCAGAACCAUAAUAAGAAUUUUUUGUUCAUGUGGGAAAGCUCUAUUAAAGUAGGUAAUGGUAGUGACAAAUAAUUAAUUUAAAAAUAGUAAAAUUUAAAGAAUCUAUUUUAGUUUUAAUAUUAAUACUUUGUGAUAUUUUUCUAUAAUCACCUUAGUUUGUUUGCUUUUUAGUAGAAGCCUGUGAUUACUAAUGUUAAAUAACAUCAAUGAAAUUCUCAUAUAAGGGGUUCUAAAUAUUUCUAACAAUUAAUAUAAUUAUAUUUUGCCUUAAGAGUCUGUUCUCUGUACACUGCUAAGGUAUCGCUGCGGG